CUCCCCCCUCCCCUGCCACCUCCACCUCCACUCUCCCCUUCCAACCACAACCCCCCAUCAGCGCGAGCUCCCCCAGAUCUCCCCCCACCUCCACUGCCGAUGACCUCCGCCGCCUAGCUUCCCAUCCACCGCAAUGUCGUCGCCGGCUGCGGGCGAGGCCGACGCCGCCGCCCGCGUGCUCGCCCGCGCCCUCGACAAGGUCAUCAAGCACUCCUCCUGGCGCAAGCACUCCGCGCUCGUCGCCGCCUCCAAGUCCGCCCUCGACCUCCUCUCCGCCUCCCCGGAUGUCGACGAGGCCGCCUCCGCCUCCGCUUCCCCUAUCCAGGGGGUCGCCGCGGCCGCCGCCGACGCGGCAAUCCGCGCUCUCCUGAUCGCGCUCGACCCGGCCUCCCCCAAGGUCGCCGAGCCCGCGCUGGAGUGCGUCUCCACCCUCCUCUCCCUCCGCCUCCUCCACGGCGAGGUCGUAGCCGUCGCUGCCGCUGGCGCUGCUGACGCCGACGACGCCGCCUCGCCGGUAUCCAAGCUCUUCGCGGCCGUGGUCUCCUGCGGGGGGCUCGGGGACGAGGGCCUCGAGCUCGCCGCGCUCCGCGUGCUGGUCGCCUUCGCGCGGUGCCCCUCGGUCUCCGUCUCCGGGGACUGCCUGGGCCACGUCGUGAGGGCGUGCUACAACCUAUACCUCGGCAGCGCGAGCGGCGGGAACCAGCUCUGCGCGAAGCUGGCGCUCGCGCAGGUGCUCGCCAUCGUGUUCGCGCGCGUCGAGGCGGAUGCCAUGGACGUGCGCGUGCGCACCGUCUCCGCCGCCGACAUGAUGGACCUCUCCGAUCGCAGCCUGAAUGACUCCAGCGUAGUGCAGGCGGCACAGGCGUUCAUAAACGAGGCAAUGGAGGGGAGCGAUGUGCCAGAGGAGGUUCCCCCAUCGGAUUUGCCAGCUGAGGCAGAUGAAAAUGGAGAUGAUGUGGGGAUGAGCAGGAUCAGGGAGGAUGGGCUGGCAUUGUUCAAAAACCUUUGCAAGCUGUCGAUGAAGUUUGCCACGCCGGAUAACCCCGAUGAUCCGGUGCUGCUGCGGGGGAAGGUUUUGUCACUUGAGCUGCUUAGAACAGUCGUUGACAAUGCAGGGCCAUUCUGGAAAUCAAAUGAAAUGUAUCUUGAAGCGAUUAAGAAGCACCUAUUUUUAUCAUUGCUGAAGAACAGUGCCUUGUCAGCAAUGAGUGUUUUCCAGCUUCUGUGCUCCAUUUUUGUUGGUCUGCUGUCAAGGUUUAGAUCUGGCUUGAAAGAGGAAAUUGGAUUAUUUUUUCCUAUGCUUAUCCUAAGAGUUCUUGAAAAUGUCCUUCAGCCUAGCUUUCUGCAGAAAAUGACAGUUCUAAACUUUUUGGAGAAAAUAUGUAAAGAGCCUCAGGUUAUCAUUGAUAUUUUUGUGAACUAUGAUUGUGAUGUUGAUGCGCCAAAUAUUUUUGAAAGGAUUGUCAAUGGACUAGUAAAGACUGCUUUAGGUGUCCCUGCUGGAUCAACAACAACAUUAACUGUUGCACAAGACCAAACAUUUCGAAUUGAAUCUGUCAAGUGCCUUGCAGUUAUUGUUAAGUCAAUGUGUUCAUGGAUGGACCGACAACUGAGAAUUGGUGAAUUUUCCCUGAUUAGUUCAGAAACUCCAGGCUCAAUGGACAAUCAUACUACCAAUGGAGAUGGAAGUGGAAUGGAUUAUGACAUGCAACCUGACACAAGCAGCUCUGACAUAUCUGAUUCUUCCUCACUUGAGCAACGACGUGCUUAUAAAAUAGAACUUCAGAAAGGAAUUGCCUUGUUUAACAGGAAGCCUUCCAAAGGUAUCGAUUUUCUUGUCCGCAGCAAGAAAAUAGGCCAUUCGCCGGAAGAUGUGGCUCUUUUCUUGAAAAACACUGCUGGCUUAAAUGCAACAAUGGUAGGAGACUAUUUGGGUGAAAGGGAUGACUUCCCCCUAAAAGUCAUGCAUGCUUAUGUGGAUGCACUGAACUUUAAAGGCAUGGACUUCGGUGAAGCAAUCAGGUUUUUCUUGCAAGGUUUCAGAUUACCAGGGGAAGCACAGAAAAUUGACCGGAUCAUGGAAAAAUUUGCUGAACGCUACUGUAAAUGCAAUCCAAAUGCUUUUACUAGUGCAGAUACUGCCUAUAUUCUUGCUUACUCUGUUAUCUUGCUAAACACUGAUGCUCACAGUGUCAUGGUGAAAGAUAAGAUGUCUAAGGCUGAUUUCAUGCGCAAUAACCGAGGAAUUGAUGAUGGGAAGGACUUACCUGAAGAUUAUCUUAGUGCAUUAUAUGACCAAAUUGUCAAUAAGGAAAUUAAAAUGAGUGCUGAUUCUUCAACGACACAAAUCAAACAACCCAAUAGCAUAAGCAAGCUUCUUGGCUUAGACAAUAUCAUCAAUUUUGUCAACUGGGGACAGGCAGAAGACAAAGCAUUAGGUGCAAAUGACUUGCUCAUUAAGCACAUACAGGAGAAAUUUAAAGCAAAAUGCAGGAAAUCGGAGUCUGUGUUCUAUACUGUUUCUGAUGCAACCAUUUUAAGAUUCAUGAUGGAGGCCUGUUGGGCUCCUAUGAUGGCAGCAUUCAGUGUGACACUAGACCAAAGCGAUGAUAAGGCUUCUGCAGCGCAGUGUUUAAAGGGAUUAAGAUUUGCUGUGCAUAUCACAUCUGUUAUGUGCAUGCAGACACAGAGAGAUGCUUUUUUGACAACCAUAGCCAAAUUCACAUCCCUCCAUUCUGCUGCAGACAUGAAACAAAAAAAUGUCGAUGCUAUGAAGGCUAUUAUAUCCAUCGCAAUCGAAGAUGGCAAUUACUUGCAGGAAGCAUGGGAACAUGUAUUGACUUGUUUGUCACGGUUUGAGCAUUUGCACCUGCUUGGAGAAGGGGUACCUACUGACUCGUCGUUUCUUACAGUACCCUUAGUUGAGUCCGAACAAAAAAAUCAUAAGUCCAGCUCUGGUCUAUCUUCAAAGAGAACCAAUGCUCUUCAGAAUCCUGCUGUAAUGGCUGCUGUUAGAGGAGGUUCUUACGACAGCACAGUGGCAAAAACCAGUGCCUCGUCAUUGGUUACUCCUGAACAGAUCAGUAAUUUCAUAUCGAACUUAAAUUUGUUGGACCAGAUUGGUAUUGUUGAGUUAAAUCAUAUAUUUACCCACAGCCAAAGAUUAAACAGUGAUGCCAUUGUUGCUUUUGUGAAAGCUCUUUGCAAGGUCUCAAUGACUGAGUUGCAGUCUCCAACGGAUCCUCGUAUCUUCUGCCUUACAAAAAUAGUAGAAAUCGCGCAUUACAACGUGAACCGCAUACGUUUGGUGUGGUCUCGAAUUUGGAAAGUUCUGUCAGAAUUUUUUGUAUCUGUUGGACUGCUAGAAAAUCUUUCUGUUGCAAUAUUUGUGAUGGAUUCUCUGAGGCAGCUGGCAAUGAAGUUUCUGGAAAGAGAGGAACUGGCAAACUAUAACUUCCAGAAUGAGUUCCUUAGACCUUUCGUGAUUGUUAUGCAGAAGAGUAAUGCUCCAGAAGUACGAGAGCUGAUUGUCCGGUGUGUCUCACAGAUGGUUCUAAGUCGUGUCAACAACAUAAAAUCUGGCUGGAAGGGUGUUUUUAUGGUAUUUACUUCUGCUGCAGCUGAUGAUACAAAAAGUAUUGUCCUAUUGGCAUUUGAAACUAUGGAAAAAAUUGUUCGAGAUUACUUUCCAUACAUAACUGAGACGGAGAACACCACAUUCACUGAUUGUGUUAACUGUCUUAUUGCGUUUACAAGCAGCCAAUUUAAUAGUGAUGCUAAUCUCAAUGCUAUUGCGUUUCUCCGAUUCUGUGCUGUUAAACUUGCCGAUGAAGGAUUUGGUUGUCAGGAAAAGUGUACUGAUGAACCCAGGAAUUUAGGCAUGUCAGAUGGAAAUGCCACUGUGGACAAGGAUGAUUCUAUUUCCUUAUGGAUUCCUCUCCUUGCAGGUUUAGCUAAAUUGACUAGUGAUUCAAGAUCAACCAUCAAGAGAAGUGCUGUGGGAGUACUUUUUGACAUUUUGAAGGAUCAUGGACAACUCUUCUCAGAGUCCUUUUGGACCAACAUCCUUGAAUCUGUUAUUUAUCCUCUAUUUAGCAGUGAAAGGUCUUCAUCAAAUGAUCCGACCUCAACACCGAGUAUCCCUGAGGAUGACUUUUCAAAUCUUGAAACCCAAACAUUGGCAGUGAAAUGUUUAGUGGGUUUGUUUAUUAAUUUCUUUGAUGUGAUGCGUCCAGAACUUGCUAGGGUUGCAUCUAUAGUCACAUAUUUUAUCCGAAGUCCCUACAAACAUUCUGCUAGCAUAGGUGUAUCUGCUUUGAUGCGCUUAAUUGAGGGAGUUGGUGGUGAACUUUCCAAGGAGGAAUGGAAAGACAUAUUGCUGCGCUUCAAGGAAUCGGUGGCACAUACUUUUCUUGUAUUCUCCAAAAUUGUGAGAAUGAUGCAAGAUAUUGAAAUUCCUGAUAGAUUUGAAUCUUAUUCAGAAAAUGAUCAGUACUCAGAUCAUGAAAAUUAUGGUAAUGAAGAAGAGGAAGCUAAUAUGGAGACAACUUCUUAUGCUAUUGUCAAACUGAAGAAUCAUAUGGCUCUGCUCCUCUUAGUUGUUCAGGGAAUAAUUAAAUUAUAUGAAGAACACAGAAAAUAUCUGUCUUCCGAUCAUAUUAAUAUUCUUUUGGAGAUGAUAUCAGCUAUUGCGACACAUGCAAGUGAAGUGAGCUCUGAAUCUUCCUUGCUGCUGAAGUUUCAUAAAGCAUGUUCCCUUAUGGAAGUAUCUGAGCCAGCAAUUGUCCAUUUCGAAAAUGAGUCAUACCAGACCUACCUCAAGCUUCUGCAAGCGCUGUUUCGUGACUAUCCAUCCAUGUCGGAAGAAAUGGACAUUGAAUCACAAAUACUUCGUGUUUGUGAGAAAAUACUUCGGAUAUAUCUACAGUGUGCACAGCGAGAACCAUCCAAUGAAGCUUUGCACAGAAACGCAUCUAUACAUUGCAUAGUGCCACUGGGUGCUGCUAAAAAAGAGGAAUUGGCUGCUAGGACUUCAUUGGUCCUCCUCGUGAUGCAGUUACUGGGAAACCUGGAGGAGGAUUCAUUUAGGAGAGUACUGCCCUGGUUUUUCCCGUUGCUAGUUGAUCUGAUCCGUUGUGAGCAUAGCUCUGGAGAAGUUCAACAUGCACUGUACAAAAUCUUCCAAUCAUCAAUAGGCCCCAUGCUAACAGUAUAAUAGCACAUAUUUGUUCUGCUAGGUCUACGAUUUUGUUACUCUAUUUUGUUCACGUUAUUCCAGUUAACUAAGGGGGCCCAGGACUAUCUUUCGACAUCCUUGAUUUAUCUUAUCUGUUUCGAAAUCCUGGAGUUCAAGUUUAAUAUGAUCAAUCCAGAUACGUGAGGGAAUAGAAUCGAUUUUGCCAGCAUUCAUUUCAGGCAAUACGAGACUAUCAGUAAAUGAACAUUGUAGACUGACAUAGAAUUUGCCCCUUAUGGCUGGACUCUCUUGAGACCGAUGAUGUGUUGAGGUAAUAUUUCGCAACCCUAUAAUGCGGACAUAAGAUUUACCCGAUGUGUGGAGGUAAUAUGUUAUUGUCAAACUGAAGGACAGCAUGCUCAUUGCUCGCAAAGCCACAAUCCAUCAUGUAUAUUACUAGUUCCAUAGUACUUUCAACCAUGUGCCGUGGAAACACCUGAGCUACUAGAUGAAUUCGCUCUAUGAAAUUCUGUUUUUGUUUUUCUUUUUGUAAUAGCUUUUGUUGUGAAACUAAAGUAGAGCUAGACUAGCCUUGUACCUAAAAUGAGCAAUGUUUUGUAUCGUAUUCCUUUGUUUAAUGCAUAAUAUAGCGAAAAGAAUGUUGUUUUGGCUACUGACAUAUGCAAACUGGGAUCAAACAGAUUGCUAGGAGCGUUUUUAAAGGCAAUGAAUAUAGAAUUUUGCUAGUGUUGAGUGGAAAAAUAUUUGUCUCGGACACAGCUCUCCAAACUAUCUACAAGACAAUAUAGGUGAUGUGAAGUACUCCAUAUUAGAGACAACAACUGUCUUUUAAAGGCUAGAUGAAUAUGACAACGUCAAUGGAUUUGCACCCUUUGACAACAAAUCAGCUAAGCUACAGAAACAAAACGCCAGAGAAUCAUUAACAGGUAGGAGCAGUUGAUUAUUUUCUAGGAUUGGAACUGCCAUUAUUUAGUUACACGUUGCAUAUAAAGUGAUAUAAACAGUUUUACAGUUUUGGGAUGAAUAAUUUACACAACCAGCCGAGGACGCGACCCAACGCCCUAAUGCUGUACAUAAUGCAACACAAUCACAUGCAUUGGAGAUGACGAGAAGGACGAAGAUGAGAGAAUUGGGCUAUACACAACUGUAACCAGACGCAUCAGCAACGUUUGAAAGAAUUGACUAGCUCUACGAUUUUGGACCCUACUUGAGCUAUUAUACACAGGGCUGGAUUCCGGACUCCAUUUCCGGCAUCCAGUUUUGGUCCAUGUACAGGCCACCAGCUAUCAGAAUUCCUGGCAGGAGAUGGG